AUGUUUUCUUCACCAUUUCCUGUUUCUACUGAAAAUGAAAACAGAAAUGGCCAAACCAAACAGGCCUUUAGAUUUUUGAAAUCCGAAAGCAAAAGGAGCAGCUACGGGGAGUACAGCGCGGGGCUGAGCAGCAUGUUGUUCAACAGAGGAAGUAGGUGCGGAGGCUGCUUCGAGGUCAGGUGCGUCGACCACAUCAAAUGGUGUCUCAUGAGGAGCCCGUCAGUGAUUCUCACCACCACCGACUUCUGUCCGCUGUCCGCCGAAUUAAGGGCUUCCGGCCGACUACGGCGGCUGGUGCAACUUUCCCCGAGCACAUUUUCAUUGUCAGAGGCCGCGUUUGCCCAGAUUGCUCACAGAGGAGCUAACAUAGUCCCAGUCCAGUACCUGAGGUAA